AUGAACGUCGACUACGAGAAGCAGACGAAAAGCGAUCUGGCUUCGACGGAUACGGGAAAGGGCUUGGCCGUGUCCUUGUCCCGCCCUGAACAGCUAAACCAGACCGGAGCAGACCAGGAAUUGAGAAGAGCCUUGGACGCCAGACACUUGUCCAUGAUUGCCAUUGGCGGUGCUUUGGGAACCGGCUUGUUGAUUGGAACCGGUUCUGCCUUGAGAACGGCUGGGCCGGGUGCAAUUUUCAUCAGUUACUCGGUCAUUGGUUUUGUUGUGUUUAUGGUUUUGAGUUCCUUGGGUGAGAUUGCAACUUUCAUUCCUUUGGCAGACGGUUUUGCCGGCUACUGCAGAAGAUAUGUCGACGAGGCCCUUGGUUUUGCCUGCGGCUGGACCUACUUGUUUUUGUUUUUGUUGGUGCCUGCCAACCAGUUGGUGGCUGGUGCCUUGACGUUUGAAUUCUGGGUAGACACUGAUCGGGUCAAUCCGGGUGUCUGGAUUGCCGUUCUUUUGGUGAUCAUCACCACCAUCAACAUUCUCGGUGUUCGCUUUUUCGGCGAAAUAGAGUUUUGGUUUUCCGUCGUCAAGGUCUGCACUUGUCUUGGUCUUAUCAUCUUGUUGCUUGUUAUAGCCUUGGGUGGAAGCCCUAGAGGAGACAGACUUGGAUUCCGGUACUGGCAGGACCCUGGCGCUUUCAGGGAAUACGGAGACUCCUCAAGAGGGUUGCUUGUGGAAGGCGAUGUGGGUCGUUUUGUCUCUUUUGUUUCUGUCUUGGUCUCCAGUGUUUUCGCCUACAUUGGAUGCGAGUUGGUUGGUAUCACCUUUUCCGAAUGCUCCAGACCAAGAAAAGCCAUUCCCAAAGCCAUUCGCUUGACAUUCUACCGUAUCGUCAUUUUCUACAUCCUCAACGUUUUGGUCUUGGGUAUGUGUGUGCCUUCCAACGAUGAAAGGCUUUUGGGCUCAGAUGGUGCUCUAGCUUCGGCAUCUCCGUUCGUCAUUGCCAUCACAAAUGCCCAGAUCGACGGCUUGGAUCACGUCAUCAACGCAUGUAUCUUGAUUUUCGUCACUUCUGCUGCCACCGCCGAUAUGUACAUUGCAUCGAGAACCAUCUACGGACUUGCUGUUGCUGGAUAUGCUCCACGCAUUUUCUCCAAGACCAACGGCAACGGUGUUCCAUUGUACGGAAUUGCACUUUCGUUUGCCUUCUGUUUGUUGGGAUUCAUGACCACGUCCUCCGAGGCUGCCGAGAUUUUCGACCAUUUCGUGAACGUGGUUUCGCUUGCCGGUUUGAUUGCAUGGGCUUGUAUUCUAUUUGUCCACAUUCGUUUCAUGAGAGCAAUGAAAGUGCAAGGAAUAAAGAGAAAAGAGUUGGACUACCGCUCGCCCUGCCAGCCGUUCGGCUCCUACUUUGCCUUUUGCAUCUGUUGUUUCGUCAUGCUUGCCAAAAACUUCACAGUUUUCUUGGGCAACGAUUUCCCUUACGAGACCUUCAUCACGGGCUACAUCAUGCUUCCCGUGUUCAUAAUCAUGUUCUUCGGCUGGAAGUUCUGGAAGAAGACCAGACUCAUUCCAUCCGAGGAAGUCGAUUUGGUCACUUUCAAGGAGAACUUCGACUAUGAGGAGGAGAACUUCAGGGCCAAGGAUGCCGAGGAAAAGGCAUACAGAGAAGCCCAGGGUAAUCCUAAGGAUUUCAAGUGGCUCUACGACAAGAUCUUCGGCUGGAUUUUCUGA